AUGCACAUUAAAGCUAAAUCUAUCAGAGUCACCCAAACACAAUUGAAUGGCGAGGAUAAAUAUGUGAAUACUGCCGCAUUUAUUGACACAAGCGCCAAGUGUUGUAUCAUGAACGCGAGCCUAGCAGAUAAGCUUGAGAUUAACUAUUCUAGUAAUUCAUCCGAAGAACUAGGAGAUGUUAUUCCAUCCUUAGUAAAGUUGAUGGAGAGAAUGUGGAAUGUUAUCUUUCUUGGAGUAAAAGUUCGUGAUAAAGGAUCUAUGUACUUCAAAGAGAUUGAUGAGAAACCUCUUUUCUGGGGUAAGCUACCAGUUACUGUUGGAGAAAAUGUUACGGCACCUGUUUAG